AGGGCCGGGCUGCCCGUGGGCCGGAGCUGGGGCGCUGAGGGCCAUGAGCGGGGCUAUCCUCGCAUCCCCCAGCCGGACCCGCGACAGGAAGCGGGAGGCGCUGGCGGCCGGGUCCCCGAUCCAGCCCAUCAUCAAAGAUGUUGGGGAAAUCUACUCAAGACUGCUGGAUCACAGACCAGUAAUUCACGGAGAAAUACGUUACUUCAUUAAAGAAUUUGAAGAAAAACGUGGCCUCCGAGAACUACGAGUACUUGAAAAUCUGAAGAACACAAUCUUUGACACAAAUGAACACAUUCUUCCUAAGUGUGAGCAGGCAAUGAGUGACAAUUUGAAUGAAGUAUUCAAGAAAUUGCAAGCUGCCAAUGGUAUGAUCCAUAAACUCCAACAGAAGGAGCAUGAAGAGAGGAAGCUUCAGGCAGACAAGCUGAUGGCUCGUGAAGAAAAGCACAUAGCCCACUGGGAGGAAUUCAUGGAAGAACAACAAAACAAAAGAGCAGAGGUGGAUGAAGAGCACAGAAAAGCUAUGGAGCGCCUCAAAGAGCAGUAUUCUGAUAUGGAGAAGGAACUGGCCAAAUACGCUCAUUUUUAAGACCUUUCUUUUUUAAUAAUGCUGGGUUUGUGCCAACACUCAGUUGCUUCUGACUUAGAUUGUGAUUCUUUUGGAAAGCUGAAACACAGAAGAAAAAGACCUUCCUCUACAGGUUUGGUAUGGGAAGAAAAGCUUUGCAUACUUUCAACUUAAGUGCCUAUCUAUGCUUGUUUUGUUCAGGGCAGGUGGAAUGCCAGUAUUUCUUCGGUUUUUGGAAGGUGGAACUGGAAAUUACAUUGCGUGACUGCAUCGGCUCAGGGAAUUGCAAACUGGAAUUCUCUCCCAUCUGCAGAGACUAUCGUAUCAUUUGGGAAGAGAGAGACUAAUGUAACAUUAACUAGCCCAGUGUGCAGCCUCAGCUCUUUCCGAAAAAGUAGGUGUAAUAGGUUCCAGCCAUAGUUAGCUGAGAAGUCAUUGGGAAAACCAUAAAGCCCUUUCAUAGAUUUCAGGCAAACCAACCUCUUUUACAGAAUGUUUUAUUCUGAAGCUUUAGCAACUCUCAACAGAGUUUUAAAUCCAGUUCUAAUUCCAGCUUUUGGGUUGUAUGUUCAGUAUUAUGAAGUAGAGUUGAGAUUUCAGUGGGUUUUUGCUAACAUAAAAAUAGUCGACUAAGUGAGCUUGGACAACAGUUUCUUUUCUCUCCCUGUAAAUGUCUCAGUCCUCUCUUUCUAAGCUUUACUGUUCUAAGCAAAGCCAAAACAAGCUCAAAAGUAAUCAAGAGAAACAUAUUGGUCUUUGUAUUAGCUUUGUAGCUAGUACAGUAUUUACCUUAAAUAUUUGACAUGUUAUUGGUUUACUAAGGAUAAGCUUGUCAGAACUUUAUAAAGCAAUUGAGGAAAGAUUUUCGUUGCUUUAUCAGUAUAACAAAUGAGCAGAUUAGUAAAAUACCUGUAAUACUGAUCUGCUUUCUUAGUAACUGUUACUCUUACAGGGUGUGUGAAACUCCUUUUGCUUCCUUUUAUUUGCAACUUGCAGUUAACAGCAAUGUAACUGAAAAAGUUAACUUAAUCAGUUCAUUAACCAAGCAAAAUGAGACAUAGUCCCUUAAUGAAAUACGCUGCAAGCUAACCGUUAGUACAGGAAAUAUCUUUCCAUAAUUUAGCUGGUGUCCAAUAUAGAAUGGAAACAGGUAAAAAUAAACAGAAUUUACCCUUUACCUGUAUUGCAACAGUAAUAUGCCAACAAUGGUUGCUUGUGUAAGUUUAUGGCUUCGUGUCAAGGCUCCGUUCCUGGCAGCCUGUUGAUAGUGUGAUUAAAGUUAGUAGAGGAGAUGGAAUAAGUAUUUGAGAUUUCUUUCAAUAACACUGAAUUCCUGCCAAGCUGCUCUGCCUGCUACUGUAGGCCCAACAGCUUCAUCAAUCAUCAUCGUGUAUCUGGACUGGAAAGAGGACUUGCCGACGCUGGGGCAUGUUGGAAUGUUGUUAAUUCUCUGUUGUGGAUGGAAAAAACGUAGAUGUCUCAAAAGUAUCCCACACAUGAAAAAUAGGAAAGCCUCUUUUAGAAAAACCCUAUUUGAAUAGAAGGUGACCUCUGUAAUAUUUUUCAGCUUAUGUACCCAUGAUGAAUGUUGUAACAAAGCUCAGACUUUAAAAAGUUAGUUCUUGCCUGUCUUCAGAGUUGAGUGUGGAAUAGUUUUGAUUGUUUUGAGCACAGACUGAAAACUGCUUCUCUCUUGGAAGAUUAUUUGAUGUAUAUGUGCUGAAAGCCCACAUAUCUUUACAACAAAAUGCUUUUCAUUGCAUACUGAAUUAAUUUUUACUUUUGCACUGAUAAUUUUUAUUAAGAUUUCGAUAUCUAAUUAACUGUACACUGGAGCUGUAGAUUUUAGUAUUUUGCCAAUUUUAGGGCUCUUAAGCAAUGAUUACAAGUGUUGCAAGUUGAAUAUUCACUGGAAAAUAAACUGGUAUUUCCAAAA